ACGAUAGAUCAUCCUCUGCCAUACCAUCAAGAUGUUUCGGAGUGCCAGUAUCCUAAGCUUCGUCCUCCCGUUAUUUCUCGGAUAUUCUUACGGGUUGGAGCUCCAAUCCGGAGAAUGGACUAAUCCAAGGCAGUUAACUGCCGAAGUACAGCACGGGAAACGGCUCAAGCUGAUCGUAGAGAACGUUAACUACACAGGAUACCGUUGGACGUUCAACGGAACUUACGUGUCGGAAAAGUGCGAGGUUAAAACGAUUGGUGACACGAGCAGUACUCUAAUCUGUUCGGAUAUUGAUUGGUCAGACGAGGGUUUGUAUGAAUAUCAAGGAAUCACUUGGAGCGGCAAAAGUGAGAAGAUACUAUCGGUGUACGUUAAAGUGGUGGCGUGUGAGAAAUCUAAGAAACAUGACGUUGAGUUAAUUGAAAAAGCAGCGCAAAAGAAGAGAGAAUGUUUUUGCUCUGGAAUCACCGAUAGGUGUGAGAUGGCAGAUGAUCUUUUCAGGAAAAAGAUUGUAGUUCGACUUCUCAACAACCACAUGAUUUCUUCCAAGUGGUCAAGUAAUGAUAUUCCGGUGCCAUUGAAGUAUUAUUCAUUGCCCAUGCAGUUAAAAGGGAAUUUGUUGAUGUCGUAUGGCGGAUUUUUGGUUAUUCCAGCUAUGGAAAAAAGAGACGAUGGUAGUCCGGACAUAGUGCUUCAGGGCAAUAAUCAGUCCCUAGUGUACAACAGCGAUCUAGGAUCUUCUACUAGUGGCGAACUGAAUCGCAGGAGUAUUCAAAUGACUGAACAGGGCUGGCGUGAUUUGAAUGGAAGAUAUGUUUCCCGAAACACCUUCAUGACGGUUUUAUCGAAAGUGAAAGAUUUUUACAUAAGGAGCAGUGCUGCCAAUAAUGGAUUGGAACCACUUGAUGUCGUAUUAGAUAGUGCCGACUAUAAAGAUCAUGGACUGGGAAAAGUGACAACGGUAGAAAAAUGUGAAUGUCGCGUUGGAUACGUUGGGCUGUCCUGUGAGAAAUGCUCCAGUAAUUACUAUAGAAGACAUGCGGUUGGUCCUCUUGGAGUUUGCGUAUCCUUCAAAGAAAGAUGGGAUUUGGCCAAAGAAUCAAUUGAAAGGCAUCAACGAUUGGAGGAAUACAGGAAUCAAUUGAGGACUCUGUAAAUACAAAAUUUAACAACCGUCGAAGAUAAUAAACAAAAAUGUUACCCUAAACUACAAACCUCGCUUGGUCACCU